UCUUUACCCUAUCCCCCUCGGAUAAUUCUUUGUUUGUCGAGUGUUCCAAGUUGCGCAAUAAUUGCACAGUCUGCGAUAGCCACAGGUGUGUGCUGGCUGUGGGUAUCUCGUCUGGCUGGAUCUGUAAACACCUUCUGAAAAAAAACAACAUGGCGAAUAAAGAGACAUGGACGCGUUGUGACGUCAUGGAUCGUUACGUCAUUGAAAUGGCAGCAUUGGGACGUCACUUCCAAGUGGGCGAUCUGUACAACUAUCGUAACGACAGCAUCAUCCUACCAGAUCGAGAUUCGAAAUGGUCGACUGAAAUCGUUUCCAAAAUGCAGGUGCAAUCGUUUGGCUCCGACUCUGGACUGUCGUACACCAAGUGGGAACGUUUGGGUGUCGAUGAACAUCUACGAUCCAGCAUUGCAGCCGGAAUCAUUGGCCAGUUGUCGGGUUCCAGCAGGUACUUAACAGAUCGAGAUCAACCGGGUCACGUCACUCGAACUGUUGCCUUACGAAUGGAAUCCCACAAGGAUCUUCGCACUGUCGAUCAAGAGGACGUGGCAUCAGGUUUGUGCGGAUUCAAUCAAGCCACUCACUUGGUUGUGGGUGUCGUUUACGGAGCACAGGCCUAUUGCGUCAUGACUCACGAUCUUGCCAACGUCGAAGAAGAAGAGGCCGAAGAACACUUGUCCAAGAUAACGUCCAAAAUGGAAAUCGCUUUGACAAACGGCCGGCACUUGGACGCUUUCGUGGAACAGUUUGACGAUAGGCAAGCAGAGCACUUGACUCGUGUUAAAUGCCGACUGUACGCUGAUUAUCAAUCUCAUUCUGUUCGUGAGUAUUGUGUUUUUGAAGCUUACAAGCAUUUUCUCCAAUUAAUCCAACGAAUUCAGAACCCCGAGUACCAAAACAGCAAAGAUAACGCCAUCGCUGUUAUGCUGUUUCCAUUGAAAUUCAUCGUGGCUUCAGCUGGAACACUUGAAGCGUUCGAAUAUCGAGAUGUAGACGUCGAUGUGGUGAUCCGUUGCUGUCGAAUCUCAGACACUUUGAACAGAAUAAUGGCAAUGGCAGAUGAGGCAACCCGUACGACAGGUAACCGAAUGCAUCGCGUUCCUUUACGUCAGUUCCAUGAUGCCGUUGCUGGAUAUCAGGGCAAGUUCCAGGCAAGCCUGAAAAAUGAAAUGCUAAAGGCCCGGCAAAAUGCGAAGAGUGACGAUCAAGAAAUUGAACGAAUCGUUCAAAUCGCACGGAGCCAUCCGCUUUUCAAACCGCCUCGUCUGGAACAAUGGCUCCGCUUCAAACAGUCUGAAUCGGACAUGAUUGAGAAGAUGGCCAACAUGAAGGAGAUAGUCUUCUUUGCUGACAGAACUCAAUUGGAAAGAGAAUUGGCUGACACCUUCGUUCGAAACUUUGCACUCGUUUUAAGAAUUCCGACCGUGGAUGAUGAAACAAAUGCGAUGCUGGAAGCGAUGCGAGAUCACCUUGGCAAAUGCGUGGAACUGACGUUGGACUAUUGUGACAAAGACAACGAGAACAAUGAAGACGGACUUCCGUGGCAUAUGAUUCAAAGCAAGAGGAAGCAAGUGCUGGACAAGAUUCGUGAAUUUGCCAAUCACGUUCAGAAGAACAAACAUCUGGAAGAUCAACUGCAAUUCUUCCUAACAUUCGAUGAUCCUGGCCAAGAUGGCUGCCAUUAUUCCGUCUACCAGGCUGAUAACUUACUGAAGGACAAUCUGAUUGCGUUGCCUCAUCCGCCCAACGAUCUCCGAGUUAAUUAUCCAACAAAAGACAACGCGAUCGAUCUGAAAUCGUCUGAUGUAGUUCGAGUUUUAUGGAACUAUCAAGAUGUAGGUUAUCCGCAUCAUUUUGUAGUUGAAUACCGACCGAAAGGGAGCUGUGACAAGUCGUGGAUGCAGCGGAAGACGACAAUUCCGGGCGAAAAUCAAACGAUGAUCAGCUUUCCAACCGGAUCGGCCAUUGAAAUUCGAGUGGCGGUCGACACUUGCAUCGGCCGUAGCGAUUUCUCGAAUGUGAUCGACGCUGCAUCUACUCGUAGAAGCGAUUUGCAUAAAGACGGAGCUCAUUAUUCCACCAAAGAAGACGCAAUCUGGUUCAACUAUCCAUCGUACGCCAGGCUGUUCUUCUCGAUCCGUUCACGAUGUCAAUCGGACAAUCGAAGAAUAGCCGAAACAUUUGCGCUGGAGAACAGCAUUUUAAUGCACCGAGGUAAGCCCAACAUCCACCUGUUGAACGUCAAAGAGAAUUCCAUCGACGGCGAUUUCCGAUGGAUGGACGUCGGCCCGUCUCGUCCUUCCAUUUGCACGCCGUUCAACCGCCGUGAUCACAAGAUUAUUAUGCUAAUGGGCACUACGGGCAGCGGGAAAAGCACUUUGAUCGACGGCAUGAUUAAUUACAUUUUAGGCGUCCAAUGGAACGAUCCGUUCCGUUUCAAAUGCGUCGGCGAGAGCCGAACGAGUUCGGUGACGGCCUACACCAUCCGCCAUCAAGACGGGAUGUGCAUUCCGUAUUCGAUCACGAUCAUCGACACACCUGGAUACGGCAAAGACGCUGGUGAACCAAGCGAUUCCAGCAAGAUUCAACGGUUCCUAACGCAUCAGAACAUUCGAAUCGAUCACAUCCACGCCGUUUGUUUUGUGGCCGCUUCCAACGAUGUCGAAUCGACGAAGCCCCACAUCGUCGAUUCGGUUCUUUCUUUAUUCGGCAAAGAUGUCAAGGACAACAUCCGGCUGCUUACCACGUUCGCAGACGUGGCCUAUCCUGUUGUUGACACUUGCAGCGCUGCCACGUUUCCCGCUGCAUCGACAGGUUUCACUUACAAUCGAUUCGAUAAUUCUGUUCUGUUCGCUUGCAACGAAGAUGAAGACGACGUCUGUUUCGACCAGCUCUUCUGGCGAAUGGAUCAAGACAAUUUUCGCGCAUUUUUCGAUCAUUUAGAGAAGAUGAACGCAAAGGAUUUGGGCUCGACUCGCGACGUUAUCCAGCGCCGUUUGCUGUUGGAUCAAUCGCUUCAAGAGAUCGAACGCGGCUUGGAAGUUUAUUUGGUCAACGUUGAGAACAUUCGAAUGUUUCACAGGAAAAUCAAAGAAUACGGCGAUAAAAUGGAAGCCAACAAGAAUUUCACGCUGGAAAAAACGGACACGCGUCGCCUGAAGGUGAAAUGCCGUAGAGGAUACGUUUCCUAUAAUUGCCGACGUUGCCGGAGGACGUGCGAGGGACCUAUUCGAUCAAUGAAUUUCGAUUACCUUCGCGGCAUCAAGAAGCAGUGUUCGCACGUUUUUUGCCCGUGCCCGGCCACGGAGCACGAGUACCAAUCGUGGCAGUGGCGUCACGUGGCGCAUCGAGUGGUUACGACUGACGCAGAAAUGAAGGCCGAAUUCGAGUCGAAUUCCAACGAUAAACUGACGACCGAGCAGCUGUUGGAGCAUUGCCAAAACGAGUUGAAGAUGACCAAAGCCAAAUUGUUCUGCUUUUUAGCUCGUGUCGGUUCCAGUUGCCUUUUGCUGGAGGCGACAGCUCUACGCGCCAACACGCUCAGUCUGGCCGACUACCUGAGUCUAAUGAGGAGCCGAGUCGCCGAAGAAUCGGCGCCCGGCUACGUGACGCGUUUGGAGAUUUUGAAUGAGCUGCAGCAAAGCCUGGCCCGCGAUCACCACGAAAAUAAGAUUGUCCAGCCGGCCGGCAAGAGUCCGUCAGCCAUUUGCCAUGGGGAAGAAACGGGUAGCGAACCUUACGAAUUGAAGUUUGUCGAAACAUUUGCAAACUCUUUCGCUAUUGGUGACUGUUAGUUGAUUAUUUAUUUCUUGAAAUAUUUGUGUUGUUAUGUUGUGCAACCUCAGCUGAAAGAUAAUCGUUGAAUUCUUUAUCCCCCUAAAGUUCUACACUAAUAUAAUUCUUGUGUGUGUCUACCUGCAACGUGUUUUCCUCUUUCUAUCGUAGAGGGCGUCAAUAAAAAGCGAAUGAUAUUCGCCAUUUUUCAACUAGA